UUAGUGGUUCACCCAGUUCAUGUGUUUCUGGCGUAAAAAGAAGCGCCCAGCGCGCCGUUUUUUGGCUUGUCAACUGAAACCACGCAACAAUUUUCAUUUUACUAAUCUUGAUAAAUGUUAAAUAUUGCUCAAAUGUUACGUGCAAAAUAUUACGGCUAUCAAUGCGUCGGCCAGAGUUGAGUGACAUCGUUUAACAGUGAGAAGUUUGAAAGCGCAAAGAUACUUUUCCCCGUCGUUUUGUGCCGCGAACUUCUAACAUGCCUCUGUUGAAAAGAAAAGCCUUUGAGAAAUCGGCGGUGUCGGAGUACCUACGGGACGACGAUGAGGUGUUCCACUGCGAGAUCACCGACGAGAUAUUCAAAGAUUACGAGGAAUACUGUGAAAGGGUCAUUCUCGUCAACUCCAUGGUAUGGACAUGUGAAAUGACUGGAAAGAAUAACCUGACAUACGCCGAGGCUCUGGAGAGUGAAAAAACAGCACGGAGGUCCCUCAAAGAUUUUCCCAUGGAGCUGCGGAUACCGAUACUGUACCUUGCAACAAAGACCAAGAGAUGUUCCUUUGCGGAGAUGUCAGAGGACGUGUUCAACUUUGUGAGGGAGAGGUUCUUUGUUGGGGAGACAGUGGAAGCCUGCCUGGAGGGAGACAUGUGGUGUGAGGCCCAUGUUCUGUCUGUCACUGCACAGAAACAGCGCCCUGACAGCAAAGCCAUGCUCCCACCGACAGCAUACUGCUACGAGGUGGAGCAGUUUGCGGAGGACCCCAUGGAGGCGGGUCAGAUAGGCACCGCGCCGCACGACCGCGUGCGCCGGCGCAAGGGCGUGUACACCAGGGACAAGAACAGACUGUUCCUCAAACAGUUUGUGGCACCAGGUCCUGUUAUUGGAGUUAAGAAAUCAGCAUUAGACAAGUAUAACAUAGCCAAAGUGAACUUUGAUCAGAUAUUCACGGGUAGUCCACCCGAUUUCCCUUCAUCAAAAAAGCUGAUCAAGUCCAGUAUGUCGCCACCUUCCACUUCAAAGUUGCCAGCUAAACCAGGCUCAGCUACUAAACUGUCAUUGAACAAACCCAGUCCAGACAAGAAAGGACGACAGGAAUCUAUGGACAAGUUUAUCAAGAAAACAGAAAAGACAGAAGUGAAACCCAAAGCCCCCAUGGACCCGGCAGCAAGAAAGACACAACAGGACCUAGUAGACAAGAUGCGCAAAGCAGAGGAAUUGUUGCGACAGCGUAAAGAAGAAGAGAAGUUAAAGAAGAAGGAGAAAAACGCGCUCGUAAUGGCGUUUAUGAAGGAGUGGCAGAAGGUCAAGGAUGAUCAGGAAUUGGAAGAUCAUAAGAUGUUACCAAAAGGCACGGUAGUGGAAGUAGAUGGGAUAUCGCACAAGCAUUUCGGGGAUUUCCUGUCAGUUCUGGAAUUUGUGCAGAAUUUUUCGGAAAUUCUCAAAGUCAAAGACGUGUUUCACAAUGAGCUGGACAUGGAGACCUUCAGGAAGUCGUUGACUGCGAAGGAGCAUGCGUGGAUGUUCAGUGAGCUGGUGCAGAUGAUGCUGGCGACAAUAUUCUCUUUGCAAGAGGAUGAGGCUGAAGAGUAUAAUGAGAAGAAAGGGAUUCAGGAGUCUGUUGAGAAUGAACAAAUAGAAGGGCCCGCAAGUACCAUGAGAGCAACAGAAUUGGCCACAAAGGCUGGCAAAUGGGCGCAGACUUAUCUCGGCACUUCACUAAGCAAGCUCCCACUAGACCCUACUACUGUCAGUGAAGUGUUACGUCUGCAUUUGCUGUCGUCGGGCGGCGCGGCGGGCGCGCGCUGCGCGGCGUGGCGGCACCACCAGCGCGGCGGCUACUCCAGCGCGGACGACCCCGCGCUGCAGCUGCGAGCCUCCGCCCCCGGCGUGCUGCGGAGACUGAGGACGCGUCACCUCGCUGACUUGCCCAUGGAUGACAAAUUCCUUAUACUACAGUGCCUUAUGAACCAAAUAUUAAGUUAUGCUACAGUACGGGACCAAAUUGAGGAGAAAAUUGAGGAAUACAAAAACUUAAAGCAGGCUUUAAGAACAUUACAAAUAAGUGAACGCAAACGCGAGCCCCAACUGUCCGCAGCGCGCGUCGAGCUAAAGAAGGAGACGGCUCAAAAGAAGGAGGAGCUCAAGCUGACCGGAGACAAGGCGCGCCAGGCCGACGAGCAGCUCGCCGAAGCCAUAGACAAGCUGAAGAAGGAGAGUGACGCGAAGAGAGUGGAGAAUGAAAAGAAGAACAAGGAGUUGCAGGCUCAACUCUUUGAUUAUACCACUUAUCUUGGUUCGGACCGCGCGUUCCGCCGCUACUGGCUGAGCCGGCGCGUGGCGGGGCUGUUCGUGGAGGCGGGCCCCGAGCCGCGCGGGCCGUGCCGCCACAAGCCGCUGCCGCCGCCGCCCGCGUCCAACGACGACGUCGUGGCCUACGUCACCGAGCUCUACCACGCUGAGAAGGAGCAGGCCGGCAGCGACAAGGAGAACGAGUCGGCGGCGAACUCCCGCAGCGGCUCGCCCAAGAAGCCGCUGGCGCACUUGAACGGGCUCGCACACAAGCUGAACGGCGUGGACUCCACCACGCUGCACUGCCGCGAGCUGCUGCUGUGCACCGCCGACCCCGACACCUGCUAUGUGCAUGGCAAGGGUGACUACAGACCUCAAUGGUGGGUGUACAACACAGAGGAACAAAUAGUAGCUCUAAUAGAGUCAUUGAACAAGAGAGGACUCAGAGAGAGUGAGUUGAGGCAGAAUUUGGAGCAGGAUAGAGGCAACUUAGUGGAAUAUAUCAAAAAGUGUCCACUCGCUUACCUCACACCUGGAGCUGCACAGUCUCAACCACAAAUUGCUCCAUCCACUCGACGUCGAAUACAGCCUUCGCUGAAAGUUCCGCCCGACUGUUCGCUGUCAGAGGCUCUGGAAUUGUCUCUGCGGGACCAUAUCCUAGAGUUGGAGGAGAAGAUCUUCCACGGAUGUCUCGGCGCUAUCAAAGUUAAGGACCGCGAGGCGUGGCGCGGCACGAUCAUGCUUCGCGGGUACGACAAGCAGGCGGACUACCUCAGCUGGGGGCCGGCCAAGCAGUUCCGCGACGACUACCACCAGCCCGACGGCGUGCUGCGCCUGCCGCACGACAUCGAUAAAUCCGAGAUAGAGUCAGUACCGGAGAACAAGUACCGGGAUCCGGGGCACUGCCUGGAGGCGGCGCGGCGCAACGGCGUCAAAGCCGAGCCGGAGGAGGCGGGCGCGGCUCCCAACGUGGUGCGCGGGCUGGCGUGCGCGCUGCUGCAGGUCGCGCAGGCCAUACACCACAAGUACCUCAAGAGGCCGCUGGGUCUCGACGAGAAGGAGCGCAAGGACCGCGAGGCGCGCAACAAGCCGCUGGAGCUGGAGGCGCUGGAGCGCUGGGAGGUGUCGCUGCUGGAAAGCCGCAGCUGGGCGGCGCUGGCGCUGCACCUGCUGGCGCUGGACAGCAGCGUGAGCUGGGCCGCCAGCGUGCUCAACGCGAGCUGCCGCGUGUGCCGCCGCCGCACCGACCCCGACAACAUGCUGCUGUGCGACGGCUGCAACAAGGGCCACCACCUCUACUGCCUCAAACCGCAGCUGACGAAAGUGCCAGAAGGCGAUUGGUUCUGCGAUCAAUGUAAACCAAAGGAAAAGACGCCACGGAAAAAGAGAAAACUUUACAUAGAUGAACAAGCUGAAGAGGAUUUAGACGAGAGUUCGGAGUCGUUCGAUGCGGAGGCGGCGCUGUCGCUGUGCGGCGCGUGCGGCAGCGGCGGGCGGCUGGCGGCGCAGUGCCGCGCGUGCGCCGCGCGCUUCCACGAGGAGUGCGCCGCGCCGCGCCAGCGCCUCUCGCGCCGCUUCCUGUGCGACGCCUGCUCGCAGCCCACCAGAGCGCAAGGCAGUCAGCGACGGUGCGCGGCCGCCGCCAUCACAAACAUACAGCAGUACGCGCGAGAGAUUAACAACCGAAGGAUAUCUUCCGAUUCAGAAGACAGCGAGUACAACUCGACGCUGGUGUCGCUGAAGGGCAGGAAGGCGCGCGGCAGCAAGGAGCCGUCGCCGAUGCUCAACGGGACGGCGAACAAGGGACGCAAAUCAAAAGAAGUGUUAAAUGGCAGUACAACAAGAAGAUCAAAAUCACUCACAAAUGGAGUGCACGAAGAAACCAGAACGGGCAAGAAGCGCGGGAGGAGAGAAAUGGCCGAGGAGGUGCUGCACACAGAGGCGCUGGCUCAGCUGCUGAGGGACACCAUGAAGCACCGGGACAGCUGGCCCUUCUACGAGCCCGUGCCACUCGACCAGGUUCCGGAUUAUUUGGAAGUGAUUGAGCAGCCCAUGGACUUGUCCACGAUCAAGGCCAAGUUGGAGAGUGAACAGUACGACAGCGACGCGGCGCUGCUGGCCGACGUGGCGCUCGUGUUCACCAACUGCUACAACUACAACAAGGACACGCACCCGGUCGCCAAGGCGGGCUUGCGGCUGGAGAAGUACGUCAACAAGCGGUGCGCCGAGCUCUCCCUGCCCGCGCUGCCCGCCUCCAGCACCGAGGAGGGUGCGGAGGAGGACGACCCCCCGCGCAAGCGCGCCAAGCACAACUGACCGCCGCGCUACGGCGACUACGUGCUCUACUGAGCACGCGCCGAAACUACACCAGUGAUGCGUUACGGCGACUACUUGCUCUACUGAGCACGCGCCGAGACUACACCAGUGAUGCGUUACGGUGACUACUACGUGCUUUACUGAGCACGCGCCGAGACUACACCAGUGAUGCGUUACGGCGACUACUUGCUCUACUGAGCACGCGCCGAGACUACACCAGUGAUGCGUUACGGUGACUACGUGCUCUACUGAGCACGCGCCGAAACUAUACUAGUGAUAUGGACAGUUCACACGUUAGCGAAUCGUUGUUUAUUAACCGACUUAAAAAGGAGGAGCUUCUUAAUUGGACGCGUAUGUUUUUUUUUUUUAAUUUUUUGUUACCUCAUAUCUUUGUCAUUUAUUAAACAAUUUUGAAUUUUCUUUUUAUUUGAAAGAGUAUGCUUCCAGAUUAAGCCCAUUUCAUUAUCAUGAAAUUCGAUUUAUAAUAGUUUUAUGUUAAAAUCAAAAUAAUUAAACUACAUCUUUGAAGUCAGUUGAUUUUUUAUGUUAAAAAUAUUCAAUCGUAACUUAAUACGAUUCUAAUUUUUUUUAGAACCAUCGUGAAUAUUAUUUUAUUAUGAAACACGGCUGUGUCGUUGCGAGAACCAGCUCAUGAUUAAUGGCCUCGUAUACAUUGCGUAAACUGCAACAGGCAUAGUAUGACGUAUAAUGUAAGUUUUAGCCGUGUUUCAUAAUAAAUUAUUAUUGAUCCGAUUCGUUUUUAUUGUAUGCCUGACUGUUUAAAAUGUAGUAAACGUGAUUCGUUUAAUAAAUUUGUUUAAUGAGAAAUCACUAAAGCGAACUUCUAAAUGAUGAAGCACUCGAAGUGUUUGACACAAUUUUUGUUUUUUUUUUUAUUUUUUUUUUGUGCAUUAUGAAUAGCGCACCGCGUAGAAAUCUUAUCAUAAAUCACCAUUCGGUUCAUAAUUGUGAAUAAUGUAUGUAAACCUUAAUUAAUUUUAGUGCAUGUGUGAAACUGUGUACAAGCCAUUUGGUGUUAGUGGGCUUUCAAUUGUGUUUUACAAAAUAUUGUAUGUAACAUAUAAAAUUAAUAGUAUUUUCAGUCAAUUACGAUGUAAACAAAUGCUUAAAUUCCAUUGACAGAUGUCAAGGUACAGCUAUCUGUCCUUUUCACAAUGUGCCUCAUGGAAAGGGAUGAAAGAACUGUUUAACAUAGAAAAAGUUGUAAUACUCAAUUAGGCGGGCGAUAUUUGUAUUAAAAACUAAAAAAGAAUCUACAAGAAAAAUAUUCUAUCACUUUUAAGUGAACUUUACAUUCAAAAUAUUUAAAUUAAUGCUUACCCUUGACAAUGGUUAUUAUCAUCGAUCUCCUAUUAAAAAGUGGAUGCACAAUCAGCGACCAAAAAACGUCCCCACUCAAUGCGUGCCAAACACAACUUCUUGGCACUCAAUUCAAGUAAUGGUAUUUGCAAAUUCAACCUUAAACUCAAUCCUUAAGGUUGAUUUUGCUUUGAAUUUAGGAUUUUAUUGAGUAUUAGACUGUAAUUAAAGGCUUUUAGGUAUAAUUUUCUUUACCAAUAAUCUAAAGGCCAGUUUCUAAGUGAAUAUUUCUACAUGAUUGUGCAUCCUUUUAUUAUAAGAGGUCAACGUUUAUUAUUGAUGAUUUUGUCAUUUAACUGACCUGUAGUACCAACAUGCGACCAGUGACAAAGAGAAAUAGACAAAAUGUCGUCCAAUGGCUUUAAAAGAUAGGGGUAUUUCCGGAUGAGCCGCUGUUGGUUGAAAUUUGUCUAUUUACCAGAUAUUAUCGUUGGUCGCAUGUUAUCACCACGUGCUUACCCUGGCCACAACCGAUGCACGCCACUGCUUAUUUAUUUCAUUAUAAAUAUGUUGUACUCUCGUCUUCGUGAAUUGGCGUCAAUUAAAAUGUUGCCAUACAUUUUAUAAUUCAACAACAACAAAGAACAAAAUGUUUGUUUAAAUAGUUCAUGAUGGUCUGCAAUUGUCAGACAUACCUCUUUUUAUAAAGUCUGCAAGUUUGUCAGCAUAUGUUACCUUAAAAGUGUGGUAAGUCAAUAUGUUAUUUCAUCUUAGAUUGCAUCAUCACUUACCAUCAGAUGAGUUUGUAGUCAUGGACUUACUUGUAGACAAGAAACAAAAAAAUAUUAUAUUUAUUAAAAAAAAAAAAAUUUGACGGCCUCAUUGGCGCAGUGGUAUGCGCGGUGGAUUUACAAGAUGCAGGUCCUGGGUUCGAUCCCCGGCUGGGCCGAUUGAGAUUUUCUUAAUUGGUCCAUGUCUGGCUGUUGGGAGGCUUCGGCCGCGGUUAGUUACCACCCUACCGACAAAGACGUACCGCUAAGCGAUUUAGUGUUCCGGUACGAUGUCGUGUAGAAACUAAAAGGGGUUAAAUUAGCCCGCUUCCAUCUUAGACUGCAUCAUCUCUUACUAUCGAAUAAAUUUGAUUAAUAAGCUUAGAACAAUUAAAUAUGGUUAAUAUAUUUUAUAAACAAACCAUACAUAGUUGAAAAUAAAUAAGUUAUGAAAUGACAUGCAUUUUCUAUUUUCAUUUCUUAUUACUUUGUUGGUAAACAGUACCCAUCAAGACAGGCUGUAAUAUAGUUGUUAAAUUUCGUAUAUGUCCCCUAAUUAAUGUCAAAGUUAGUGAAUUGACCUGCUGGAGCUUUAAAACCUGCUAUUCCAAGCCUCGAUUCAAACUCUGUAAUUGGCUACCAUACUUACCUAUGGUAGGAGCAAAGGUUGACAAACAUUCAGCCUUUAGAAAAUGUGGUAUAUCUGUCCAUCGCAGGCUUUCAUUCUAUGAUUAGUAUGAUAGACUUGUAUAUUGGUAGAUUAGGUUAAUGCUUGCGGUGAUUCAUUAGAAAUUAAAAUUCAAUUUGACUGAACAUAUGUAGCGCGUCCAUAUGACUGUCUCGUUUUGUCUCUUGAUAAAAUCUACAAGUUGAGCGAGACAAAAUGCACCAAUCACCUCCCACUCUUUCAUCGGCGGGCCGAUUGCGUUGUUAGGUAUCCAAUAAAUCUAGUUUAUAUUGCAUUUUUUACAUGUUCAUUGUACCGUGGACGACCAGGCGAUGUUGCGAGAUGACAAUUCCUAGGUUAUAAGAAUUUAGAUUGUAAUUCACAUUGAGAUGUUAUUACCACUAAAAGCGCGGUGUCAUAAACUUGUGAAUCCUUCCCUUUUAGCCCUGUUUAUUAAUCAUUACCCACAAGCGGGACUAAUAUGGAACAAGUGUUGAUCUUGGUGGUUUUUAUCCAUACAUUAUUCUGUAAAGCUAGUUUUACACUCUUACUAGUGAUUAAAAUUAUAAUAUAAUUUAUUGCUGUCACAAUUUGCUUAUCGGAAGUAUCAACUAUUGGUUGAUUUUGUAUACUUUGUAGACAUUUGGCAAACCUCAUAAUUGCCAAUAUUGAACCGACCAUAUUAACUCCAGAAUUGGAUCGAAAAGUUUUGGGAUUGUGUUGUAGCCGCACUCUUGACAAAGAAUCUUUAGGGGUAAUAACAGCUCAAUAUAGUUAGUACUAAUUCCAUCGUGAAAUGUGAUCUAUUUGGCUCAUUUAGUUCUGAUUUAUUUGUUAUUUUUGUUUUUGUUUAACGUUUAAAGGUCCGUUUAUAUCUACAGACAUUAAGCGUGCCAGACACGUGCCGUGGCAGACAAAAUAAUAUUCUUCUAUACAGUGUUUAUUAACGUAUCUAUCGUAACUCGGCCGCGCAGACGUUGACAGACACGGGCCGCGCCCGGCCAGUAUUCGCGGAAAGAAUAUUUUGUCUGCGGUUCAUGUCUGAAAUAAAAUUGACAGCGCCUUACACAAAUGACAAUAAUACCGCCAUUAGCAAAUGACAAUUAGCGCCAUUAAGACAUUAGUGUCGCGUCUGUGGGACUUCUUUCAUGAAAAUGACUUUACCUGCUGGGCAGUGUGAACAGAGAUAGAUGUCUGCUACGCUACUUGUCUGUGACGCACUGUGUCUGUAGAUAUAAACGGACCAUAAGUCGCUUUAUAUGUUUUAUUUUAUUAAUCGAUGGAGUUGUAAGUUAACAAAGGUUAUAUUCAAAGUGCAGACUUCAGACCAUUUGUAUUUUACAACUAAUAUAGUAUAAUUAAAAGUAAGAGUCACAGGUACUUACUCUAGAACAAUGGGGAUGAUGACUAGGUUUGAAUAUAUUGAUUUUUAUGAUACAUUCGGGUAAAUAAGGUCAAUGUUAACUAAUUUAUACAUAAAAAGCAAAGAUUGACUGAAUAUUUGCUGAAUUUCAAAAUCUAUUAAAAUAUUUUAUCGUAAUUAGAUGAAAAUUCAUACAGUUUUAGCUUCCUUACAUUAAAUGUGACAUUUUUUAAUACAGGAACUAUAAACAUAAACGCGGAAAUAACAAAGAUAUUAGUAAUUUUUAUUUGAACGCCCAUACAAAUCUAUCGAUCAUUAUUGCCUACGUCAUAAGUUCGUACCAUUUUGUAUGGGGCGUUUCUCAGGGAUCCGCGGCAGCGCCGCAAAUCUGACCCUUUAAAUCCCUGUAGCCCCGAAAGUAAUGAUCGCAGAUACCUUGUUACUUUUACAAAAUUGCUUUACUAUUGGCAUACUCUUAAUUUAUAUACAAUUUAAAAAACUGUCAUCAUCCCUAUUAGUCUCGCCGGAGAAGAGAAAGGAAUCUGAGAUUUAAGGCUAAAUUGAUAUUAGUAACAAACUUUGGAGCUUCUGUGAACUUACAAAACCAUUGAUAUUCUUAUAUAUUGUGAACAGCAUGAAAGCAUUUUUUGAACAAUAAAAUUGUUGUUAUGAUUAUAAUCAUUUAUUAUUAUUUAAUUGACGUUUAAUCCGUGAAAAAAAAUGUUACAUUCAAUUAUUUCUAUCGUGGAUAUGCAUAAAAGAAAUACUAUAUUUUCAUAUUUAUACCAUAUGCUUUGACAAUCUAGUUGUUAAUCAUUAUGUUAAAAGUACUUCGUCCACGUGAAUUUAAUUAUUUCACGAAUCCCGCGGGAACCAUCAAUUUUUUCAGGAACAGGCCUAUAUGUUGGCCCAUAACCUCUUCUACAGAGAAAGAAAGACAGACAAUUGUUAAAAAUAACGUAAUGUUUUGACAAAAAUAAAAAUGCUUGUUUGUGAUUUGAUAUUGUGUAUGUGUAAACACUUGAGUGGUAUGCGCGGUGGAUUUACAAGACGGAGGUCCUGGGUUCGAUCCCCGGCUGGGCCGAUUGAGGUUUUCUUAGUUGGUCCAGGUCUGGCUAGUGGGAGGUUGCGGCCGGAUAAAUACUACCCUACCGACAAAGACGUACCGCCAAGCGAUUUAGCGUUCCGGUACGGUGUCGUGUAGAAACCGAAAGGAAAGUGGAUUUUCAGCCUCCUAACAAGUUAGUCCGCUUCCAUCUUAGAAUGCAUCAUCACUUACCAUCAGGUGAUAUUGUAGUCAAGGGCUAACUUGUAAAAUAAAGAAAAAAAGUUAUACAAAUGCUAAUAGUAGAAAACUUCUGUGAAUUUUUUCUUUGUCUGUAGAAGUACUAGGUACCUAACUCUAGAAGCAUUACUAUUUUCCCAUCUAAAGGGUUGCCAGCGAUUUUACAGAGACUGGCACAAGUAAGGCGUGCUGAAGGACCUGUUUCUUGCAUGCACAGAUGUUAGAUAGAUACUAUUGUUAUAACUCGUGCGCAUUAACUUGACGGCUGGCUACCAAACACAAACAGUACCUACAAACAUCAUUCGAGCCAAGUAUCAAGUUGAUCCGCACGAGCUGUAUAUUAUUUACUAGCUAACGCCGCGUGGUUCCCGUUCCCGUAAGAAAACGGGGAUAAAAUAUAGCCUAUAGCCUUCCUCGAUCAAUUGGCGCGUUCAAUCAAACAAAUUCUUCAGCUUUAUAAUAUUAGUAUAGAUAAUUCUUUACUUGUUAUUUGAUGUGAAAUAGUUGUUACCUAUAUAAUUCGCUUUGCUAUAUUGGAAUAUUGUUCAAGACAUAUCUUCGAUAGAAAUCUUUGAAUAUUUUUUUUUUGUAAAUCAAAGAGCAUUCCUAUAGGAGCGUAGUUAGAGCACUGUUGUCAAUUUCAGGUAUUAAUUUUUUGUCUGCAAUUAUUAUUAUUAUUUAUUUAUUGUAAUUUGUAAGGUUUAUAAUUUAUGUAUUUGCAAUAAAGUCACCAGAAACAA